GCGGGGCCCGGCGCGGCGGGCGCUGCUGCGCAGAGCGGGGCUGCCCUGGGAAGGCCGGAGCGGCAGCGCCAUGCCCGGCCCGGCAGCGCCCGGCCCGGAGGAGGAGAGCUACGACUUCCUCUUCAAGCUGGUGCUGAUCGGGGACGCCAGCGUGGGCAAGACCUGCCUGGUGCAGCGCUUCAAAACCGGGGCCUUCGCCGAGCGCCAGGGCAGCACCAUCGGCGUGGAUUUCACUAUGAAGAGCCUGGAGAUCCAGGGCAAGCGGGUGAAGUUGCAGAUCUGGGACACAGCUGGCCAGGAAAGAUUCCGAACCAUCACCCAGAGUUACUACCGCAGCGCCAACGGAGCCAUCCUGGCCUAUGAUAUCAGCAAGAGAGGCUCUUUCCAGUCCAUUCCUCGCUGGAUCGAGGACGUGAGGAAGUAUGCUGGUUCCAACAUAGUACAGUUACUGAUUGGAAACAAGUCUGACCUAAGUGACCUUCGAGAGGUUCAGCUGGAAGAAGCUCAGAGUCUGGCUGAACGCUAUGAUAAUAUCAUCUGUGCCAUAGAGACCUCUGCAAAAGACUCCAGCAAUGUGGAGGAGGCUUUUGUGAAGAUGGCUACAGAGCUCAUGAUGAGACAUGGAGGCCCUAUGUUCAGUGAGAAGAAUACUGACAGCAUCAAGCUGGACAGCAAAGACGUUGUAGAAGGCUGGGGCUGUGGUUGCUGAUAUGAGCUAGGUGAUAUCCCUAACUUUACUGGAAUUUAGAUGGUGCUUCACCCUAAUGCUGAGUAGCAUGGUAGCCAUAUUCUCCUCCUCCUGUGAAACCAGCAAUUUUGUAGAAGUUAGACACAAUCCUAUUUGUUUUGGUGUCUUAUUUUUAAAAAGGGACUCGAGAGGUAGUCCUAAGUCUCUGAAAAACCCUCUCCUAAAAACCCUCUGAACCACGUACUUAACAUCUUUUCCCACCAUUUUCUUUUCUGUAACCUUCAGAAAAGUUACUGAAGUGGAGGGAACAACUUCGACCUGAUGGUGUGGGCUGGGGAGACAGAUGGUUGAGGCAGAGGCUGAUGCACACCCAAAGUUCUGAAGUGUUUAGCAUGGGACUGUUGGCAAAGGAGGUCACUUUUUGAAUAGGUCGUCUUGACAGUGUGUCUCUAAAUCCUCAGCACUCCACCAAUGACCAGAAAGUGACAGUGUCUUUGAUAAAGGUCUAUCAAGAGUUAGAACAUCCAGCAUCUUGAUCACAGGACCAAAUAGCAGUCACCUAUCUGAGGGCAUAUGGAUUGCUAGUUAGUACUGCAGCAGGCCCAGGCAGGAAAGCCUCUCAGGUUUUGUUAUCCUUUUUUUUUUAAGUUAUCAUUUUAACAAAAAGCAAAAUCAGCCUGAGCAAUAUCCUAUGGCUUGCUGUCCAGCAGGAUUGGAUCAGUUUAGUUAUUUUAAAUACAGCCUUGAGGAGAGGGUAGAUCCAUUUCAUUUGUUAUUGUUUGCACAGUGAUGACUCCCUUUUCCAAGUGGGUAUCAUGGAGUUUUUGCCCUCAGGUCUCUCAAAUUCAUUCCACAACUCAAGACCUGCAUCACUGGAAACAGGAACUGGAGAAACCUUGAACUGACUGGUAGCCAUGAUCUCCUGCCAUGUGCCUAAUGGUCAUAUUCAGGGUUAAUUCUGGUCCUACAUUUGUCAUGUUGCCAGAGUGUUUAUUGCUCAGGUGGCAUAAGUGGUUGUUGGUUUGGGUGAUUGUUUUUUUAAACCAUCUCUUUAAAUUCAAUCUGGGCACAUAAUGGAAAAGAAGACCUCAGAAUAGCUGAAAACUACAUGCAUUGCAACUUCUUAGUUGUAAGAACCAGUGUCUUUUUGAGUGACUCCCCCCCCCCCCCCAACUUUGCAUUCAGCUGCUUCCCUCUCACAAGCUACCUGAUUGCUUUUCAUUUCUUGAAGAUGCUCAGCAGGAAAAAAUCUUUUGCUGUUGAUCAUAAAUCUACAUUGCUAAGUCAAAUACAUUUCAUAAUUCAACUACCUAUAGCCUUUCAGCUCUGUAAUGUGUGUUGCAGAUGCAGUUCCAGUACUGAUGGCAUCAGUCCUCUCUUGAUUUUAUACUCUCAAGCACCUUACCAAAAUAGGUUUGCAAAGGGAGCAGAAGCAGGAUUAUUUUUAAUUCUGCAGUUAAAGCACAGGUGUUCCUAAGAGGUGAGUGACUUCUGCAAUUCUGAUACUUGAAGGAACUCAUUUUUAGAAAGCACCCUCUUAAAAGUGAAGUCACUUGUACCUCUUGAAAAUCAUGAUCAAAAAGGACCUGGAUUGGUUUGCUACUAGAGCUGCACCAGUUUUUAGACAUCCAGCAUAUCCAUUGUCAUGAAAAUCAGGAGGAUUUAAGAAAGGGCUAAUGGAUCCUAAUUUCAGUGCUAUUCAUCUUCCUACAGAAAAUCAUAAACCAUUCUCUGGACUUUGUUUUUUUAAACUAGAGGUAGAUAAUUAAGGAGCUACGUAUGCUUUGUAGCCUGGUUGCUUCUAAUCCAAGAGGUUAGUUUUCAAGUUUUAUAGCUGUAAGAACGAAAGGGCCUUAAAUUUUUCAAUUAGCAUAGUUUUCACAAUUCUAAUAUUUUACAUGGAAGGGCAGGUUGAGCUGCAGUAACUCAGUAGUAGUUUUGGAUAUCCUUCCAGGACAUUUCCCUGGUCUCCAACAUCCAAAGAUAACAGGCAAGAAGUGUCCAGCUGUAGCUAGACACAGAAAAUGAGAAUUGUCCAAACUCUAGAUGUAUUAGUGAUCAGCAAACCUUGUGCUCCCCUCUCAGGAGAAACCAUGUCAAACCUAGUGACUGUUUUUCCUCCUGGUUGGAUGGUCUUUAAGAUAAACUAGCAAGCAUUUGACUUUAAGUCAUGACAUACUGCAGUUUACACCUGUAGGUCACAGUCCUGCAGUUUUGCAUGCUUGAACGUGGACCCUCAGAUAAGCUCAGCCUCCCACUGUUUGCAGGAUUAGUGCCAAAUUAUUUAAGCCAUGCUGGUAAAAAGUCAGAACAGUAUUGCUACUACUCAGAUUGAAAUCACUGGUUUAUGUAGUAACUCAUCUUAAAACUGGAGCAAGAUGCAAAGUGAACAAAAAUCCUGCUUCCAGUGCAGUCAGUGAAUGAUUGUAAUUCUGCCAUAGAUGGGGAAAUGAGAAAUUGUUGAUCCAUUUCCUCAGGUUUUGAGGUUAAACUACUAGAAUUGGACCAAGCACUCUACUUUUCCUUAGGAUUUUCCCAGUAUCUCUCUUAAGCUAGUGUUGCAGGUUGAGCCUCUUGCCUGCAGGUUAGUCUGAUUCAGUCAGAAAACAUGAAAUGCAGUGUCAGGGACUGGUUGGCUGUGUUUUGAAACCGAGUCACCAAUUCAGAUGAGUUUUCAUUUUUGCUGUAGAAAACCAAGACUUUGGCUUUGAUUCAGCUUUGUCUUCUAACUCUUAGCUCUUCUGUGUUGUAACAAGCAUAGCACAAGUUUGCAUGCCCUACCUAACUGAACAAAAGGGAACAAAGAAAUAGAAGACCUUGUUUGUUUUUUCAAGUUAGUAGCAGAUAGGAAUGACAGUGCUUGGGCUGUCAGUAGUAAAAGACUGUUUCAGUUACCAAAACCUUUCUUUGCCUAUGAUUAGUAGCACAGCAUUCACUAGGCUGAUAGCUUCUUGGCCAGAAAUAAACUAAACAGAACACUUCACAGAGCUUUUUACUCCCUUUCUGAAGGCUGUUAUUAAACCCAUCAUUCACACAUUUAGCUGUGUAGCUCAAGUAUUGAGGGAGGCAGCCCUGUCGGUUUAAUUCCAUUCAUCCUAGUGAAAGCAAAAGGAUCUCUGAGUCAAGGUGUGUAGCAAUAAACUUGAGAUUUAAGGGUAAAAAUGGCCAUUUCAAAUCUUAGGUUACAAAUGCACAGUGAUGGACAGGAAGUGAAUAAUUCAGUAGGGAAUGAUCAGAGUUCACAGCACAAACACUUGCCAAGAAACCUGUUUACUGGCAGUUGAACAUUAACAAGACUAUGGUGCAGUAAUUGCUUUCAAGUAGAUCUCUUUGGCUGACCAUCUAUUUGCAUUAGUAUUUCUCAUGUAUUUUUGGCAAUAUCCAAAGGGUGCAAAAUGUUGCAAAAUCACAGAAGGGGAUGUUGAUCCCUGCCUUGUAACACUUAGCAGUGGAAUGCAGAGGCAAAUACUGGCAUGAAUGGUCAGCAGAAUGUGGUUCCCAGGAGCGUGGGCAUUGUUACCCUUUGUACUGCUUUUGAUUUCAGCUAAUCAAAGAGAAACAAGCCAGGUUACAGCCAGAGAGUGCAAUCAGUAAACAGGGAAAAUCCAAGGAAAUGGAGGCAAAUACAUACUCUCUUGUGAAGGAGCAAUUGUCACACGACUCGCUCUGCCCCAGGAGUUGAUGAUGACCACACAGCUUGUGUUCCCACCCUUGUGGCACAGGUGGUGAGGCAGUUAAAGGGCAACAGAUCCAAGGACAUAGGUAAUUCUUGGUGACAUUGAAAGGAAAUUAAUCCCCAAGUUUACACUGAUCACCCUAACCACUUCAUUAUCCUUUCUCAAAUGAUACUAAAUUGUUUCAUCAAUUAAAAGACAUUCUAAAGUUACAAAUUUGGCAAUAAAAGAUGCCACAUUGAUAACAUAUGCAAAUUAACAGGUACAUUUUAUUACAGUUGCAUGAAGUCUGGUGACUUCAGAGUCUCAGAGCAGAGCCCUUUAUAAUGGGGCUCUUCUCAGAUCUGACAAUUCUUUUCCACGCUCUAAGAUUAAUACGUUUGGGAAACACAACAAAAAUAAAAUGAAGUACCUUUUGGUGCUGGUUGUCCCACUGAGAUUUCAGGUAGAGAACCAGCCUCCUCGGUAUUUUUUUACUGGCCAGGUAAUGUUAGAUUUCUUUUAACUCUAUUGAAUUGGAUUAUGUGUAUUGCUUGGAGCUCUUCAAAGCAGAAAAGCUAUCUGGGAUGGAAGCAUUUAAUUGCAACCCCCCCACUGCAUACUUUAGAAAAACCCAAAACAAACCCAGACUAUUCCACAACUGGAUGUUCUGGUUUCCCACACGCAUUGAGCUCUCUCCAUCUUUUGUAAAAUUUCAUUUUAGUUUACUUGGGAGAGAGCAGAGUUGCAAAAUCGUAACAAACAAACCCACCCAAGUGUGUAUUUGCUGUCCAUGGAAUUGUUGCCAGAGGUUAGAUAAAAAUAGCCAACAUACUCUCCUAUCCUAAUCUUAAAUAGCAUUUUUACUAUGACUGAAAAAUGUUAAAAUGCACUUUAAAAAUAAUUCUUUGAAAUUCAAGAGAGUUAUGAUUAUUUUUUUCUAUGUCUUUUUUUUAACAAGGGUUUCUAUUACUUGAAUAUUGAUAAAGGCAGUUAUCUAAAUUACAUUUCUAACUUUAGGUGUCACUGAAGACAGGCCACGUCACCAAUUGCCUUGUUUUUCCACAUGAGUCAGCAGUCAGUGGAAAACAAGUAAAUGGAACAACUUCCUAAGAAUGAGAAAAUGAGUCACAGUCAGGGAAGAUUUUCUGUUUGGUCUGAUAACAUGUGGUAGAUUUAAUGCUUACUCAGUUCAAAGAAAACAAUUUUCUUUCCAUAGGUAAAACAAUACCCUACACACGUAGUUACAGGUUUUCCUGUUUGCUUUUAUACAACAAAUUUGACUGCUGUCUAUACUGAACAAGAGUGGACUGCUAACCUAGUUAAGUGUAGGUUAACAGAACAGUUUAACAUUUGGAGAGCUGUCAGAUUGGCUUCAAGCUGUGUUCAGAACCUGUCAUUCUGUUAUGUCUCUUCUCCAGGACACCCUUUGAAAACUGUUAGAAGAUCUGAUACAAUCCAAGAUUGAUAAAAAAAUUAUUGAGGCUUUCCUAAAGAGGUAACUUUCCAUCUUUCCUUUGCAAGGUAUUUUUAGGCUUCAGUUAUUUCCAAUGUGAUCAUCCAACUGAACUGCUGAAGGGAUUUCUUUCAGCCUUAAAUUUUAACAGAAACCUGAGGAUUAAUCUUCCUAUCAGAAAGUGCUGAGGGGCCACCAGAAAGACUAUAACCAGCAGGUUUUUGCACAUGUGUAGCUACCAAUCAGCUGCUCCUGUGGCAGUUCCUUAGUAUCUCUGAUGUGUGCAUGUGCAGUCAAGUCCAGCUUUGUGAUGGAUCCCUCAUCCCAGGAGGAUGGAGGCCAGGGUACAGGAUGAGGCAGGUGGAGCAGCUUCACAGAAAUGCUUCUGUUUAAGCCACUCCUAAGGCUUACCCAGCCCCUUCAUGAUUUGCUAUUACACCUAAAUUACUACAAGUGAACUAUUUUUCAUUUAGUCAUAACCAGAACAUUAAAAAAAAUCCUACACUUACAUCUUUUAAUUUUCAAGCCUAGACUAGGAUCCUAAGAGCAGUGGGCAUGUAUUUCAAACUUCCUUAAGAACAUACACCUUGUAAUUGACUAAUAAGAGCUUAAACCUUAAUUCCCCCAUAAAUUCAUUCAGACAUCUUAAAAUUAUGUACUAACUAGCCAAAAAGACCCAGGUAUCUGUAGAUUUUAGCCUGAAGUAUCUUACAUAGGACCAAAACUAUGGCAGGCUAGCAGUUAUGAUUUCUAAUUGUUCAAUCAAUACAAAAAACAACUUAGGACACCAAGCUUAUAAUCUUCAGGAAAAAAGAUUGGAAGACCUGUUUGCUUAGAAAUUCUCUUUCUAAGGACCAACACAAUCUGUACACUCCCAAAAGCCACUUUUCAGUAACUGCUUAAGUAACAGCCUCUUGCACUGCACUGUGCUGCAGAACAUAUGAUCAACACCCAGUUUUUCUGCAGUAAGAGCAAUAUGGUCUCACAGGAAGAUAUGAGGGAGUGAUUUGGGGUAUCUGAACUGUUCUAGGUGAAAACAAGGGGAUGAAAGAUUGUCUUUUGAACACAGCAUGCAAACUUGGCUUGACUAUUUGAAGGUACUUGAAAAAAAAAGUGAGUUAAGAGCUGCCUUUUCAGAGACAUUAAAGCUGCAGAGAGAUGCCUGCCAUGUCUUGGAAAGCAUCUAGUUACCACUGCAAACAAAAAAAAAGCACAAAACUUGUAUGGAACUGGUUUUGCACUAAAGGGAAAUCGUUAUCAGAAAAAAAAAAACCCUGAAUGUGAAAGGCAGAGGAUCCUGAUCUGCAUUUUUCAGGUUCAUUCCCUACUCCAAUGCAUUUUCCCCCUUUAUAAAUGGUAUUAAACUCGGUUAUUCUAAGUGUGAAAAGUAGUUUGAUCCUUGGCAAAAUGACAUGCUACAUACAUUUUCUAAAGAGAGUGAUAAUCUUGAUGAGUGAUAACUUUGCUAAUGUAGUUAGGGGUUGUAAUAAAAGAGAUUCAGCAGAGCUAAGGACUGGAGUGGUGCUCCAUGUGCAUACCACGUCAGGACCAGGGGAAGCCAGUGGGUUGAAUUUAGGUGAGUUUAGUUCUUUGUAACAGUUUUUAAAGAUUUCUAUUUUAUAAGUCUGUAAGGAGAAAUGCUAAGAUUUUUUGAUAGUCAGAUACGCUCACUGCUGUCAACCAGUAUUUCCCUCUUCUGUGCCUCACCCACUGAUACCUGACAGACAGAAACCCCACAACUCCAGAAACCAGACAGCCCUGAAGUGAGUCUGGCUCACUCGCCUGUUGGGGAGAGAAUAAAAAUCUCUUUAAUUCAUAUUGAAUUCAUUCACUGCAUUCCAAAAUUAUUAGAGGGGUUUGGAUGAUAACAGUGUUGAAAUUAUUCUGCCUUUUCUAGGACAAAUCUGUUGCUGUUUCUCAAGGUUUCUUCAAGAGAUGCAGGCUGUACAUUUCUAAUCAUCAGUAACUAUUUUGCUUUUGAACUUUCUUAGCACAGUACUGACUAGAUCAUUUGGGAUAUGAGGAGACAAGGGAGCAAGCUUGCAUACUACAGUAAUUUUUUUAUACUUUACCUUCAUCUAUUUAUGAAUUUAUUAUGAAAACAAAUUUUUUAAACAUAUGAAACCUGCUUUUUGUUGUGAAUUUUAGCAAAAGUAGUGGAUACAUUGUAUUGUGUAUCAUUAAAAAGGUGUAAUUAAACAUUUGGCAAUGAA